CCAUAUGCCGAGAGUCAAGUGUUUAUUCUUCCCCUUCAAACUGAUUUAACGUGUUCAUUCUCAGCCAUUGAAAUCGUCUCUCAGGAUGUGAAACACGAUGUGAGUUUUGAUCUCUUAGUUGAAUGCCACAAGGUUGGCCUCAUGUGUCUUCUUAAGGAAAGCUUGAAAAGCAGACAGCAUCUGAACAUCUUUUUUAUCAUAAUUUCAUGUGAGAAACUAGCAACGACCCCCUCCUGCCAUUCCAUCAUGUACCACAGCUGGGCCCCCUUCACUUAAGUCUCGAGAAUCUCCUAUUUGGAGUUUACAAGCUCCACCCCCUUUGAGAUCCUGAGUAUCAGGAGCUUCUUACUGGUGGAAGGUUAUUAAAUUCCCAGCACAGACUGGCUCACUCAGGGCAUCUCAGCACAAGAGCUCACUGGAAGCAGCGUCGGGUCAGUUUUGGGUCACCGGUUCAGCCCAGCUUGAUCUCAGUGUGUCGAGAGUGACACCGCCAGCAUGACCAAGAGUACCGGGGAGAAGCCGCGCGCGCGCAGUCGCGUGCAGCAGUUCCGCGAGAGAAUGCAACUGCGUUCCCUAAAGGCGAGGAAGAAAGUCGAAGACAUCAGUAAAGAGGACGUCAAGUCCUUUCUGAGAAGAAAUGCUUUUGUGCUGUUCACCGUUGGAGCUGUGGUCUUCGGUAUUGCGCUGGGAUUUGCUCUGAGACCAUAUAAGAUGUCAUACAGGGAAGUGAAGUAUUUCUCCUUUCCUGGUGAACUAUUGAUGCGAAUGCUGCAGAUGCUCGUGCUUCCCCUUCUAAUCUCAAGUUUGAUUACAGGCAUGGCAGCUCUGGACAGUCGUGCCUCUGGAAAGAUGGGCAUGCGUGCGGUGAUAUACUACAUGACCACCACUUUCAUCGCCGUGUUUAUCGGCAUCAUUAUGGUUCUGAUUAUCCACCCGGGCAAAGGCUCAAAAGAUGAAUUCGCCAAACAGCAGAAGAUCGAGAAGAUCAGCCCGGCUGAUGCCUUCCUGGACCUCAUCAGGAACAUGUUUCCUCCUAAUCUGGUUCAAGCCUGCACUCAACAGUUCAAGACCCAAUAUGGCAAGAGGAUCAUUAAGGUGAAGAUGAUCGUGAACGAUUCAAUAUUCAACCUAACGAACGCCACCCAGGAGAUUUCCCAAGAGGAAGUGAUUCCUCUCCCAGGCUCCACCAACGGGGUCAAUGCCCUCGGGCUGGUGGUGUUUUCAAUGUGCUUCGGCUUGAUCAUCGGGAGUAUGAAGGAACAGGGACAGGCUCUCCGAGACUUCUUCGACUCCCUCAACGAGGCCAUCAUGAAACUUGUUGCUUUUGUUAUGUGGUAUGCACCUAUUGGGAUCCUCUUUCUGAUUGCUGGAAAAAUCGUGGAGAUGGAUGACAUCACUGAGAUGGGCGGUCAACUCGGCAUGUAUACGAUAACGGUGAUAAUCGGCCUCAUGAUACACGGCAUGAUCAUUCUACCGACUUUGUACUUCGUCAUCACCCGGAAAAACCCCUUCAUCUUCAUCACGGGUUUGCUGCAGGCCCUCAUCACGGCUCUCGGCACCUCUUCCAGCUCUGCCACUCUUCCGGUCACCUUCAGAUGCCUGGAGGAGAACAAUAAAGUGGACAAACGCGUGACUCGAUUCGUGCUGCCCGUCGGAGCCACCAUCAACAUGGAUGGAACAGCGCUGUAUGAAGCCCUGGCGGCCAUCUUUAUCGCCCAGGUUAACAACAUGGACAUGAACUUCGGGCAGAUCAUUACCAUUAGCAUCACAGCCACUGCUGCAAGCAUCGGGGCGGCCGGGAUCCCUCAGGCUGGACUGGUCACCAUGGUGAUUGUGCUGACCUCUGUGGGACUCCCAACCGAUGACAUCACCCUCAUCAUUGCAGUUGAUUGGUUCCUGGAUCGACUGCGCACGACGACUAACGUCCUGGGAGACUCUAUAGGAGCUGGAAUUAUAGAGUUCCUGUCCAAAGAUGAGCUUCAGGGCGGCGAUGUGGAGUUGGGGAGCUCUGUGCUGGAGGAGAACGAAGUGAAGAAACCUUACCAGAAGAUCCCUCAGGAGAACGACUAUGAGAAUGAGAAACCACCAGACAGCGAGACUAAGAUGUAGAGCCCGCAUGUUCAACGCCCAACCAAGGAUUUAGUGUGUGUUUGUGUCUGUAUAUGUACAGCGGCCCCAGAAAACACUUAAGUGUAAGAAUUGAAUUGCAUUAUAUUAGAGAAUAUCAAACUAAAUGCAUUUAUUUGAAAGAAAUAUUGUAUAAGCAUGCUAUUCAAGCAAACUAAAAAGUAUUUGGACACUUUCUGAUUGUGGAAAUUUGGGAAAUGAACUACACUUGACUUUAUAACAUAUAUAUAUAUAUAUAUAUAUAUAUAUAUGCAUGCAAAUUUUGUUGCUAUGAAAUCAAAUUCAUACAUUUGCUUGCAUGCCAAAAGUGUUCAAAUAUUUUUUAGGGGCCAUGUACACACACACAUACACAUAUAUACACACAUAUAUAUAUAUAUAUUUGUUUUGUUUUUGAAUCUUUUGUUUUCAACCUUCUUUUUUCAUUUUACUGUAAUUUUGUUGUUGCUUUGGUUUGGUUCUCCAGGUCAUACCGAUUGUUGGUUGAUUUGGCAGGAGAGUUUUACCUUUACAAAAAUAUAUAAUAACCAUUCCUUUUUUUUGUAUUGCUUUUUCAUUAUUUUAAUAAUUAGCUGAAAUGUGAAUCUAUGUAGGAUAUGGGGGGUAUUGGUACUGUAUGUUGGUCACACAAAGAGUGUUAAAAUGAACAUGGUCAUGGAUGUACACAAGACUGAUUUGAAUGUCGGUGAUCAAGUCAUCUUCAAGUUCAUUACACUUUACUUAUGCCAACAUGAGGAGGAGACCAAGAUUAAAAACUUUUGGGCUCUGUUUGUAACGUGGAGUAUAAAAUAUGUAUUACUGUAAAUAUCAAGUGAAAAUUAUGUUUAGCUUUGAAAGCUGCUUUACACAUCUUCUUUAUGUAUGAGAAGACUCAUCGAUAUUCCUCAGUGUUUCAGCAGCUAUUUGACUUUUCUCUGCAGAUCACACUAAUUGAACUGAACAAACACUUGUGCAUUUAUGAGAUUUACUUUAUUAUUGUUUUCUAUUUUCCUAUAGUUCAUCCACUGACCCUUUUCUUGCCAUUUGCUAACAUUAAUGAUACAUAGAAAUAAUAAGUGCUACUGAAUAUUAAUAGUAGGAAAAGGGACUGAAUGUUUACAGUCUUGUGAUUGCAGUGACAUAAGUCAUUUUGAAAAUAUAAAUCUUUUGAAAACAUGCUGUAGACUGACAUGUACGGCUGGAAACUGUGAUCUUAUAUUUGCCUUCUUUAAAUUUUUUCAUGUCGCUGUAUAUUUCCUGUCUCAAAAGCAAAAUGGGUGAUUAGAACUAUAGAGAAAUGCAUGUUGUGUGUUAAAUAUAGUUUUGAAUAAAAUGGAGAGAGGUGAUGCUGCA